AUGCACGCCACAUUCACCACCAUCCUGUCCGCGGCCCUGCUCACAUCCAGCAUCCAAGCCAGCACGCUCCCCUUCAACCCCCGCGCAUCCGGCGCCGUCUGCUCGCCCACCGCCACCUCCUGCUCCGGCUCCGGCACCACCAAUACCUGCUGCCUCGCUAACAACAUCAUCGUCUUCGCCCAACAAUGGCUGCAAGGCUACUGCGCGACCAAGAGCUGCCAGAUCGACAACGUGCCCCAAGACUGGACCGUGCACGGCGGCUGGCCCAACACCUGCGCGGGAGGCCAGACCAACGGGUGCGCCGGCCCGACCUACGACGACAUCACGAACACGUUGUCGGCGGUCGACUCGGACCUCGUUGACCAGAUGAACCAGCACUGGGUCAGCUACACCGGCGACAACAACGUGUUCUGGGCACAUGAGUGGGAGAAGCACGGGCGAUGCUUCACACCCGCCGCGAAGAAAUGCUUCCCCGGCUUUGAAGAUGGACAAGAUCUCGACAAGUACUUUAGCUAUGUUCUCGGCCUGCGCAACCAGUUCCCCAUCGGCGCCGCCCUCGAGAACGCAAACAUCACACCGGGCGGCUCGUACACCAAGACCCAGUUCCGCAAUGCCCUCACGGCGGCCUACCCCGGUCUCAAACUCCAGCUCAUCUGCGUCGGCGGAUAUAUCUCCGAGAUCUACAUCGCUCUCUACGCUACCCCCAACGGCGCCAAGGCCGGCGCGCCCCUCAAGGGCGCCAGCGACAACUGCCCCACCACGUUCAACUACUAA